CCUCCGUAGCAGCAGCAGCAGCUGGUCAUGUGACCACGGAGUGUCAACAUCGCUGCAGCUUCGCGGCGUGAAAACAACAAAGUAAACAACAAUAAAAACCCCGGACACGUGGUUUGAGGGUCUCGAACAUGCUGUAGCUCGGCGCUCCGCUCCUCAGACUGUGUGUCAGCUGCCUGUCAGCGCAGGAUGGCCGCCGUGUCUCACUGCGGACAGUCCUCUCUUGUGCACAGCCUGGCCACCCUGCUCCGGAAUGACGGUGACGUGGUGCUGGACGGCAGCAGCACGCUCACCUUGCCGGCGGCCAGCUUGCAGCAGCUCACGCGGCUGUUCGAGCAGUACCUGCUGUCCAGGAGUCAGCAGCACGGCUUCCUCGCGCUGCCCUCCCACCCCGCCGACACGUCCUCCCUGCUGCAGCUGCAGUUCCUGUUCGACGUCCUGCAGAAGACGGUCUCACUCAAGCUCAUCAACCCGCCCGGAGCGAGGCUUCAGUCUGUGGUGAAAAUCUUCCCCUUCAAGUCUCUGAAAUGUUUGGAGCUCAAGCGAAUCCCUCCACAUUGUCUGGAGGGACUUCGAGGCGUUUACUCUCAGCUGGAGGUCUUCACGUGUUCAAAGAGCGUCAGCUCCCUGGAGGAGCUGCUUUCGCUGUGUGGAGGCGACCUGAGCUCUGCACUGCCUUGGCUGGAGCUGCACACCCUCAACUUUAGCUACAACUCCAUCGUCUGCCUUGACCAGUCACUAAGUUUACUGAACGUCCUGAAGUCUUUAGACUUAAGCCAUAACAAGAUCCAGGAGUGUGCUGAAUUUCUAAAGCCCUUGAGCGAGCUGGAGCACUUGAAUCUGGGCUACAACUGCCUGCAGAGGGCGCCAACGCUGGGUCUGAGCGCCAGGGCCAAGCUGCUCACGCUCAACCUCAGGAACAACGAACUGGAGACGAUAAACGGUGUCGAGCAGUUGUCGUCGCUCCAGCACUUAGACCUGGCCUACAACCUCCUGCUGGAGCACUCGCAGCUGGCUCCUCUGUCCCUGCUGCACUGUCUGAGCACACUGAACCUGGAAGGAAACCCGCUGUUCUUCCAGAAGAGCCACCGCAACUGCACCGUCCGACACCUCUCCCCGAAAGCUGCAAACCUUAGACUUAAACUCGAUGGCACCCCGCUGUCCUCGUCUGAGUUAUCCACGAAAGGGUGUGGAAACACUUCGCGGAGGGUUCGUCUCCUGCAGCAGACAGAGAGGUGUGAGAGGAGUGGCCCUCAGGUUCUGCCAAAGCCAGGCCAGCUCAACAUCCAGGUCCAGACUUUACCUCCGGUUGCCACACAAUCAGAGCGCAGUAACCAGGAGGUGUCGAGCGGCGUCGGGGAGCUCAGUGACAGCAUGUCGGUUGCUGAAGUUGGAGUGUCACACUUCCGGAAGAAGAAGUCCAGAAGUAAGGUGAAAGUGCGGCGGGCGAGCAUAUCCGAGCCGAGCGAUACAGAUCACGAGCCCAGGCUGCUUUCCUCCUCACAGCCCAUCGUCCUUCCCCACCAGCAGGAGAUCGAGCGCAUGUCCAGCUUCAGAGAGCAGCUGGGCGAGGAUUGGCUGAGGUACCAGCAUCACCUCGAUGAAGCUUCCCCCUCAACGAUCGCCACCGUCGUCGCCAACCAGCCCGCUCCUCACCGCCAACCCCUCCUCAACGGCCUGAACGCCCCAUGUCCGUCCACCAGCCCCGAUCAUCAGCCGUCUCCCACGGAGAUCCUCCCACCACCGCUGCUGUCAUCCGAGCUCAGGUUGGAGGCAUCCAACGUGGAUGCAGAACUGGACACGGAGUCCACGCUUCAGUGGCCCGGUCACAGCUCUCAGCAGACGGAGUCCACCUUGGAGGACAACGUGGUGGACGGGCAGGCAGCGAGCCAAGGAAGUGUGAGCUCCAAGAGGUCACCUAGAGGAGGGAGCGUGGACACCAAGGAGGAGGAAGAAGAGGAGGAGGAUCUGGGAGUGGACCUGUGCCUCCCUCUAAUCGUGGGCGUCUUAUCCGACAAAGAGGAAGACGACGAGGGACACGGGGAGAAGAGGACGAGCAGGAGGGAGGUGUUCCUGCGCGUCAAACAGAGCCUCCUGCUGGAGCUGGACAUGCAGACAGGCCGGGAGAGGUGUCGCCUGGAGCUCAGCAGCCUCGCUCUGGUGGAGACCACGGAGGCUGCGUGGAGUCGAGGGGAGACAGACGAGAUGCUUCCAGCUGUGGAGCUCCAGUUCGACUACAUCAGCCAGGAGAAACGAAGGAGGUGCUACGUCGUGCUCGACGACGAGCCACAGCAGGCUGUGCAGGCUCUGACCGACGUGCUGUCGAACGUGGCGGCGGAAAACCAGCGCCGCGACGCCGAGCUCCGCCACGGCUGCGUUCGCCUGCAGUGCCUCCGCUGCAGGUCAGAGUUCACGCAGAGCGAGGAGGAGGAGGAGGAGCAGCCCGGGGGGAGAUCGAGGAGGAGGAGGAGGAGGAGGAGGAGAGGGGCUGCGAUGCUGCCAGAAGGUGUGGACGGGCGGGACGAAGAGGAGCUGAUGGAGGGUGAUGAUGAUGAAGAAGGAAGGAGUAAUAUCUGUCCAGAGUGUGGGAGUGAUCAUGUGGUCCAGCUCGCCGGCCAAUCGACCCCCUACUGCAGCACGCCCAUCCGUCAGUCAUCGCGGCCGGACAGCGAGGACGAUCGUCUCAACCGGACUCAGAGCGCCCGGAGCAUCAGCAAGGAUGAUUACACGGACGCCAGCAUCAGCAGCAGUCCAAUCCUUGAUGCUGCCACCACCACAGAAGAUCCCUCCUUCAUCACCGCCCGGGGAAGCUCCUUCUUCAUCGGGGAUGGUCCGGGCGACACGACCAGCUUCUCCUACAAGACGGAGUGCCAGAGUAAAGAGGAGCUGGCCGGGAGCUACCACUACACCGCGAUAGGUGCUACGCCACCGGAGGUCCAAGCCAGACCUGCAGGAAGAUCCAGCUCCAACGAUGAUUUGGACUUGCUGUCAGAGGAUUACGAGGCGGUGGACCAUCGGCUGCAGCUCUUCCUGGAUGUGGAGGUCUUCGAGGAGGAAGAGGAGCUUCACUCUUUCCUCAAGAUGUCGGCUGUCAAAUCCGGGCAGCCUGAGGAGGUUCCCUCUCUGCUGGUGGUGUCGAAGCAGCGAAUCUACUUCUUGGAAAUUACAUCAGAAAGCCACAGAGGCCAGCUCUCCGAUUGGCUCCAGAAGCGGGACAGCCACCCAAUCAUGGAGCUCAGCUACCUGGAGGUGGGGCUAGGCUCGCAGACCAUCCACAUGGAGUUUGACGGAGGCGUGGCCUACACCCUCCUCGUGAGGGAUAGUUUACGCUGCAAACGCUUCUUUGGCCUCUUGACAGGAAUCGUUCGUGAGAUGGCGCACAAGUCCGACAGCAAGCUGAAGUCCAUCUCCACCACGAGACUCGGCCCUCAGCACCACCUCUGGCCUCUGGUGUGUGAAGACAUCCAGGCGGACAUGGAGGACGGUCAGCUGCAGUUCUUCUACAUCCUGGCUUUUGUGCUGCAAGGGGACAUCUGGACGCCCCUGACAGUCCUGGCGACCCGGGAAACCCUGUACCUGCUCAGAGAGGAUCACCAGUGGAGGAAAAGCUCCGACAGCCUGACGGUGAACGACAACGAAGAACCGAGCAGCGGCGGCGUCGUCGUGUUAGAGACUCUGCCCAUCAGCUGCGUCAGCUCGGUCCACCUGUGGCCUCCCGAUCAGUGCAGGGUGGACAUCAAGCUGUACGAUGAGACUGUGAAACAGGAGAAGACGUGGUGUGUGCGCUCGGAGAGCGCCGAGCUCCUCCAGGGUCUGCUGGCCUGGGUCAGAGCACAGUGGGAGGCCAUGUUCGGAGUGAAGCUGCACACAAGCCUGCAAGACAAAGCGGCGUAAUGAAAAGAGUUACAGACUGUGUGUGUGUGUGUGUUGGGACUGGGAAAUGUUUAUCGAGCGAGUUUGUCUUUAUUUUCUCCGCACACAGUCUGGUCCCAUUACGCUCGCUGCUUUCAUCGCUGUGAAGCCAAGAACUCUGAGACGAUUGCACUCAUUCAUGUGGCAUACACGCCUGUGAAAAGUUAGUUUCCCCUCCGGAUACCAAACUCUUCUACAGCCGGGACGGAGCGUGCCUUGUUUCUUUUCUGCAGCACCUUAAUGCACGAUGAUCUGUGGAGCGUGAAGUCGAGGAGACGACGACGACCACCACCACCACCACCACCACCCGCCUCGCUCCUCGUCCUAGGGUGCACUGAGUUGUGCCAUCACGCGCUCAACACGAGGUCGGAGGUCACCUCGUACCUCUUUUCGCCCCCCUCCUCCAAUUAGUGUCACAUGACGCUCUGUCUCUGUGUCAUGUGGUCGUGAAAGGAGAGCAGACAUCCCGCGAAAAAACUCG